AUGAAGGCUUCUGAAGAAAAAGAAGGAAAAAAGGACGACAAUCAACCAAAGCUGGUCUUCCAGGAAUCUUCUCUGUAUCCUAAUCUGAUAGAUCUGGAGACCGAAUUGUUCCCUCCCCUGUAUGCGGAUCCACAUCCGCCCUUGCUUCCACAAGUUCCACAAGUUUCAUCGGGAGAAGCCCGGAGGAGGGUGGAGCCCUCGGCUCCUCCUAGGGAAGGGGGCCCCACCCAGGGAACUCGGGGAAGAGCAAGGGAAAUGGCCAGCGCAGAGGAAGAAGGCCUGGAAAUUCCCUCCUCUACUGUUCACGCGUUUCCAUUCCGGGCGGGAAAAGAAAAAAAGAAAAUUCAGGCUCCCUCUUUCUCUGAAAAACCGCAGGGUCUUAUUGAUCCUUUAGAAUCUAUCCUCUUUACUCACAACCCCACUUGGGAUGAUUGUCAGCAACUGUUACAGGUGCUUUUCACUACAGAGGACCGCGAGCGAAUCCUGUUAGAAGCUCGGGAGAACAUGCUGGGGGUAGAUGGGAGGCCCACGAUACAGCCUAACCUCAUUGAGGAGGGGUUCCCCUUGGUGCGACCCAACUGGGACUUUGAACGCGCUGAAGGUAGGGAGCAUCUCCGAAUGUACCGCCAGAUCCUUAUGGCCGGCCUCAGAGCAGCCGCCAAAAAGCCAACUAAUUUGGCCAAGGUAAAUUCAGUGAGGCAAGAGCCAAAUGAGAGCCCAGCAGCCUUCCUUGAAAGGAUAAUGGAAGCUUUUAGACAGUAUACCCCUAUGGACUCACAGGCAGAUGAGUCACGAGCAGCAGUUAUGCUAGCAUUUGUGAAUCAGGCAGCCCCCGAUAUUAGGAGAAAGUUACAAAAGAUAGAGAGGCUGGGUGAACAGUCCCUGCAAGAUCUAUUGAGGGUGGCAGAGAGAGUUUUCAAUCAUAGAGAGACCCCAGAGGAGACAGAGGACCGCAUUAGAAGGGAAGAAAGAGAAUUUAGGGCUGAAGAAAACCGUAAGAACCAAAAAGAGCUGGCUCACAUAUUUUUCACCAGAGUUGAAAACAAAAAUAGGUUCCAAAAAGGGAAAAAGCUAGACUCAAAGACUGAGGAAAAACCUGCAAGGCGUAAGCUUGAAAAAAACCAAUGUGCGUUUUGUAAGGAGAUUGGACAUUGGAAAGAUAAAUGCCCCAAGAAAAACCUAAAAGAGGGGCCCCAAAAUCCCAAGAACGAGACUCCCUCUCCAGACAGUCAUAUCCUCUACGUGGGUGAGGAUAGUGAGUAGGGGGGUCAGGGCUCAAUGCCCCUCCCCAAGUCCUGGGUAACUAUAAAUGUGGAAGGGAAACCGGUUGGCUUCAUGGUGGAUACGGGAGCUCAAUACUCAGCCUUAAACCAAAAAGAUGGACCCAUGUCUAAAAAAAGUAGCUAGGUGCAGGGAGCAACCGGGACUAAGCGAUAUGGAUGGACUAUAAAACGGCAUGUGAAC